GGGUGAUGGGAGGCUUGUCCUUUCUAUAUGGCGGGAUCGGGAGAGGGGUUUAUUCGGUGGGCGGACCGAUCGGACCGUUCUGUUACCUUAGAUGGCUCAUGCCCUUUUUUCUGAGGCACCUGUUCGUGUUCUUCGUCGGUCACUUGCUCGUCGUCAAACGUUCAAUGGCUGUUGCAUGUGGAUAUUGGGCAAAGCUAUUUUCCGGUACCUUCGUUCUCUGAUUUACUUCAUGUGCACAGCUGUGAUGAUAGUGCACUGACCAUUGACGAUCAUGCUCCGCCAUACAGAGUACUAUAGGCUUUAUUAGUCCAUCGCAUUGUACAAGUCUGUCUCCUCAAUCACCAGUCAAAAGUGAUGUCAGUCUAUAAAUAUUGUAUGCUUCU